AUGGCCUUCACCGUGUCCUCCCUUCAGAGUGCCGAGCCAACAGUGCGGACUUUGCUUCGAGCGAAUGCUGCUGUUCGCGUUGUCCGUCAGGACUCCAACUUUGAGCUGACCUUCAGGCCGAUCGACUACCGGACGGCCGGGCUCAUGGUGGUUACCGACGCCUCCCUGGGCAGUGUGAAGCUCAACGGCUCCUGUGAAGGAACUCCUGCAGGCCUGCUACUUUGUGGUCUUGGCGGACAAGGCUUUGAUGAGUGGCGCGGCCGGAAAGUUCAACAUCUUGGAUGCUCGCUCCCACCGCAUCCUGUGGUCGUGGACGCCAAGGACGUGCAUGACAAGGGCAACAGUGAUACCAGCAGCUAUGGGACUCAGAAGUCUCUGGCCUUCACGGUUGCCUGGCUCUGUCCUUCGGAGGCCGUGGACGAGAUGGACCUGACCCACAUGCGAAACACGAUGAAGUCGGGCGAGUGGUGCGUAAAGUACUCCCCUGAGUUCGUCAAGCAAGUCAGCAAGGGAGCUAAGCGUCGCACUACUUCGACUUCCUCUUCUUCGGCAAGUCCGGCGGUUCUUCCGGGCGACGACCUCCUCAAUGACGACCCGAUCCUCGGCUAUGUCCUGAAGCCGUCCACCCAGCGCGGCUGGCACCGCGAGGGCGAGCUUGGUGUGAACGUGGCACAGAACGCGC